AGAGAGAGAGAGAGAGAGAGAGAGAGAUGGAGAAGAACCACCACAACAAUCGAGAUGGGUCAUUGCUAAGAUCAACAAACGACGCAUCCGAGACCAGAUCGCAGGCUACGACGUCGUCUGACUUCGUAUUGCAGUGGGGAAACCGGAAGCGGUUGCGCUGUAUGAAGUUUCAGGUGAGGGACACUAACACCACCACCACCACGAACAAGGACUCGGCCGGUCCAAACCCAGUUCAGAGAACAACGGUUCGGGUUGAUCGCCGGGUUGUCAGAUCGGAUCACAACGUGGACUCGAAUCAACCCACCACCGCCACUACUACCAAUAACCAAACUAACGGCUAUCUGAACCUCCGUCAACGGCCAGCAUCGCCGCCUCAUCGCAUUCUCAGGAAUUCUGAGAGUUCAAUUGCCAUGAGAGGACACAGUAACGGCGUAAAGGGACGGCUGGCUUCUCCGGACAGAGGGGGUGCGCACGAUAAGAAAACUAUUAACCACCAUACCAACGCCACCAGGUCCAUCACCAACAAUCAUAAUGAUGAUAAUAAGAACGGUUUUGUUGUUGUUGGCAGUGGUGGUGGGUCGGCAUCGUCGGGUACAGCGCAUGAUAGCAAGAAAGGAGGAGGGUCAUCGUCGGGGAGUGAAGCGAUUCCGGCAGUGUGGCCGCCGAAGUUCGUGAUCGCGUUGACGAACAAGGAGAAAGAGGAGGAUUUCAUGGUCCUAAAGGGGUCUAAACUCCCUCAGAGACCCAAGAAGAGAGCCAAGUUCAUUCAGCGCACAGUGAACUUGGUAAGUCCUGGGACAUGGCUAUGUGAUCUGACCUUAGAACGAUACGAGGUCAGAGAAAAAAAGGUCUCCAAGAAGAGACAAAGAGGGCUAAAGGCUAUGGGUAACAUGGAGUCCGACUCCGAGUAGAUGGAACUCUAUGGAACAAAUGGGUUUGUUUUUGAAGAGAAGUUGAUGAAAGUUGUUGAGCCUUUAGGUGAGGAUAAUAGGAAGACCUGUGCAUUUCUGUAAUUUCAUCCCCUUUCACCUUGAGUAGAAGUAGUAAAAGAAAUAUAUUUACCUUCGUUGAUCAUGUUGUGUCGUUAUUGCUUUUGUUUUUGGAUUUGAAUACGGUAGGGAAUUUUUUUUUUUUUUCCGGUAUCAUAUAUUUAUUUAUCACAUUUG